AUGGGCGACACCACAAGCACACCGGAGAAACAAACCCCAGAAACACCCCAAGCAACCACGACAGAAACGCCUCGCGAUGUCGACGCGCCCCUCUCAAACCUGGACGCAGUCCAAACAAACGCCUCCUACAUUCCCCCGACCCUCUCGCCAUGGCGCCGGCGCGCAGUCAUGUUCGCCCUCUGCAUGACCCUCCUCCUCUCCGCCCUCGACAUCACAAUCAUCGCCACGGCCCUCCCGACAAUUGCCUCGACCCUCCACGCCUCGGCGGCUCAGUACGCGUGGGUCGGCAGCUCCUACACGCUCUCCAGCACGGCCUCGACCCCGGUGUGGGCCAAGAUGUCCGACAUCUUCGGGCGUAAGGGGACCAUCAUGGCUGCCGCAGCGACGUUCAUGGCGGGCAGUCUCGUAGCGGCGCUCGCGGGGUCCAUCUCAGUGCUGAUCGCGGGGAGGACUAUCCAAGGCUUGGGCGGGGGCGGCUCUCUGGUGCUUGUCACGAUUGUGAUCGGGGACUUGUUUAAGUUGGAGGAGAGAGCGAAGUAUUACGGCAUGACUGGCAUCGUAUACGGCAUUGCAAGCGCGGUUGGACCGAUUCUCGGUGGUGUCUUUACGCAGACUAUCGGAUGGAGAUGGUGCUUUUACAUCAACCUCCCCUUCGACGGCAUUGCACUCAUCGUCCUCUUCCUUGUCCUCAAAGUCGAAACCCCCAAAGAACCCUUCCUAGUCGGCCUCCGCGCGCUCGACUGGACCGGCUUCGCCCUCAUCAUCGGCGGCACAAUCUGCUUCCUCUACGGCCUCGAGGCCGGCGCAGGCGGCAUCCAAUCAUGGAAAUCUGCGCAGGUAAUCUGCCUCAUCGUCUUCGGCGUCGUCAUCCUCGCCCUAUUCAUGCUCUGGGAAGCCCGCUUCGCCACGAACCCCAUCAUCCCCUUCCGCAUCUUCCAAAAGACCACAAACGUCGCCUCCUUCGUCCUCGCCUGCAUCCACAGCUUCGUCUUCAUCUCGUACGACUACUUCAUCCCGCUCUACUUCCAGGUCGUCCUCGGUUUCCGUCCCAUCAUCGCCGGCAUCUCGCUCUUCCCGCUGCUGAUCCCGUUGACGGUCACGACGAUGCUCGGUGGACUCUACACGCGGCGGACGGGGAACUACAUCAUCCCCAUCUUCUUUGGCUCGGCGCUCAUGACGCUCGGAAACGGCUUUUUCAUCACCUUUGACACGAACACGAACUGGGCCAAAAUAGUCGUCUUCCAAAUGAUCACAGGUUUCGGCGCCGGUGUCCUCUUCCAAAGCCCUAUGAUAUCUAUUCAAACUCAUACACACCAGAAGGACAUGGCCGCCGCGAUGUCUGCCUUUUCCUUCUUCAGAUCGCUCUUCUCGUCCAUGUCGAUCGUGAUCGGGACGGUUUUGCUGCAGCGAAAUCUUGGUGGGGGAGGACUGACAUCUGGGCAACUUCAUUCAGGAGGAGAAUCCGCAGACACGAAAGACUCGGUAAAGCAAGAGUACGUCUCUGCGCUGCAUAUCAUGUGGGCUUUCUUCACCGGUGUCUCUGGCUGUAUGAUUAUAUCCGCGUUGUUCAUCAAGCCGAAGCCGAAGAAAGAAUCCCAGGGAUCAUCAGGUCCAUAG